CGACCCGCGACCCGCGACCCGCGACCCGCGACCCGAAGCCCCUCGGCCAUCUCCGCAUUGUCAUUCCGAGUGACGUGCGACCAAAGCAACCCACGCCCAUCUCGACCCGACCUCAACCCCCGCGUCGCGUCAUUGCGAAGUUGAUAUCGAUGUUUGCGUCCUGAGGUGGUGGUUUGAUUGACAUCGAGCGGAUAGAGAGCCUCAAACAAACAUCACUGUUGCUGCGCCAGCCGCGCAGCGCGACGCCGCAAUCAUGGCGCCGGUCGGAACAGUUGUCCAUCACAAUGGCAACAACAAGAUCAAACGCCCUAUCCCCCCGGGGAUCCAGACGAAUGGAGCGACUCCCUCAGCGAAGAACUCGCCCUCUCCCUUAAUGUCCGCCAAGAAGCCACCAUUGAGUGCGAAGCAACCCCCCCAUUCCGCUAGCGAGCGGGCAAUAACCGCGUCAACCGUGCGACCCGUCAAUCGAGCACGCCGGGAAACCUCAUCUCAGAUUCUUGGUAGGAACUCGAGGAAUAGCGCUGGGCUUCGCUCGGCAUCUCUUGUGGGCGAUAUGUCAUCGCACUAUCGGGAGCCCCCGCCAUAUGUUGUCACCGAUUCCUAUAUUUUGAAGAAACACGCCGGCCGCCCACCGUCCCUCAUCGUCCACAUGCACGCUACCCACUUCAGAUUCGACAAACAGGACGGCAUGUUCCCUUACAAGUCGCCGAUGAGACUCUUCCUCGACCACGUGAGGAGUCGCACCGUUCCACACGACCUUCUUGCAUACUUUACGGAGGGUGGAGUGCCAUUCUAUGAUGGCUGUCUUAUCGUUCAAGUCUACGAUCAUAAGUCCGCAACCGAGAUAAAGGAUACGCGGCCGGCUUCAACAACCAGCACUGUGGUCGCUUCGUCGAUUCACAACUACAACCAGUACUUGACUCCUUCCCCUUAUGUCCCAUUUCCCAAAGAAUGUGUGACAAAUCCGGAUGGUUCCGUCAAAGUGGAAGAGGAACCAAAGGAUAAGAGUACAGAAGAGAAGGACAAGGAGAAUCUACCGGCACCAUCCGGCACUUCCGACGGCCAAAAGGGCAAGGGCUCUACAACGCCCAGAAUUUUUACCGUUGUCUUGCAUCCGACCCCCGAAAGCCUGCAGAUGGAUCUUCUUAUCAAGGCAUCGACUCCAAGGGGAGCAAACGACGCCCUAGGACUGGUUCCACCUUCGACCCCGAUACCUCUAGUCCCGCCGACACCAACUACGGCGAACAUGCCACCACCAGCGAAGCGCCAGAAGCGAGAAAGGAUGGAAGUGGAUGGGAGCAAUAUUCACGAAGUGGAAGGCCAGAUCCUUUUGGCCACGAACGCGCCCCUAAUGCUUGAGCCUACGAAGACCCCAGAAGAAACAAUUGCACUCCUUGAGGCCAUGGCCCACCCCAAGCACUCCGAACCACCGCCGCAACCCCAGACUCGCAAGAGGACUGUUGCUGAGGUGGCAGCUGAUGAAGCAGCCGCCGCAGAACAAGAGCGAUACAUGCUUGUUUUGGACGAACGUUUAUCAUCGAGCGCAGCAGGCGCCCAAAGUGGUGGGGCUACUGAUGGAGAUGCUCAAACUGGCGCGGCAACAUUUGAACCUAGAUUUGAGCGCUUCAAAGUCAUUGCGGAUAUCAAACGCGAGCAUGCUGAGAAGAAGGAGCAGGAGAAGAUUAAGCAGCAAGAGAAUGAUCGAAGGUUGCAGCAACAGAGGCAGCAACAACAGCAAGAGGCACUGCUCGCAGCCCAAAGACAACAGGCAGCGGACCAAGAGCGAACUCGGCGAGAAGCGGCCGCAGCAAGAGAGGCAGCCCAGCGACAAGCUGAAGCCCAACGGCAAGCUCGUGCGGCCGCAGCUACACCAAGCAACCAGAACAUCCAGAGACCUCCCAUGGCUCAGCCACAGCACGCCCAUCCUACCCAGAAUGGAGCAAUGGCGAACAACAUGACAAAUGGAGCAACUGGCACGCCUACUCCCGUGACCAACGGCAUGCCUGUCCAGGCGCAGCCGCGGUUCCAGGCUCAAAUCUCCCAACCUCCUGCCUCUUCGCCCGUGGCCAGACAAGGAACCCCUCAGAACAUGUCCUCGCCUAUGGUGGGUAGCGUUCCAAUGCAGCAAACCAACUCGGGCAUGGCAGCUAGUCCUCCUCGGCCUUCUUCGGUGGUUCAGAAUCACCCUAUGUCGGUCCCUAUGGCUCACAACAUGUCGUCUCGUGGAAGUCAGCAAAGCCAUCCUUCUGGAACGCCGCGGAUCCCACAUUCAACUCCCAACAUACCCCAUGGCACUCCAAUUAACCGGCCCGCAAUGAUAGCGACUCCUCGUAUGACCCAGGCCAGCCCGCCUCCUAAUAUGAUGGCCCAGAACUCGCAGAUGGGACAAGCACAGGCAAUGAUGAUGAACAGCCAGGCCAUGAACCAGGCGAACCCACAAGUCAUUGCUCAAAUGGCGGCUCAGCAACGAGCUAUCGCACAGCAGCAACAACAACAGCAAAUGGCGGCGAUGCAAAAUGGCGUUGCUAAUGGCAAUAUGAAUGGUCAAGCCAUGUCACCUCAGCAGCAGCAGCAGAUGAUGCAGAUGAUGCAACGACAGAUGCUGAUACAACAACAACAGCAGCAGCAGCAGCAGCAGCAUCAACAGCAGCAACAACAGCAGCUUCAACAACAACAACAACAACAGCAGCAGCAGCAGCAGCAAGGCGGGAUCGUGAACCCGCAGCAACAGCUCGCGCAACAGUAUGCUCAGCAGCUUCAGAAUAUGCAAGGGAGUCAAAUGCGCCAGAUGACGCCCCAGAUGCAAGCUCAGAUACAGCAGCAAAUGGCAGCGCGAAUGAAUCAAAUGGGCGGUCAGAUGGGCAACCCUAUGCAACGCCAAGUCAGCGGCCAGAUGGUGAAUGGUAAUAACAUGAACCUUCAGGCUUUGGCCGCAAUGCAGCAGCAGCAGCAACAAGCGCAGCAGCAGCAACAACAAGCGCAGCAGCAGCAGCAACAAGUACAGCUGCAGCAACAACCCCAGCAGCAACAGCAACCUCAACAGCAACAGCAGCAGGGCGUCAACCCUGUACAAGUUCAGAUCCAUAACCAGGCACGUGUCUUGUACCAGAAGAUGUUACAAACCCUUGCGGCUAAGCACGGAGGGCUGGAACGGAUUCCACAAGAAAUUAUGGAGAAGGUUAAACAAACUUCGCUCACACAGGCUUCACACCUCUUCCAGCAGAACUUGGCUCAGCGUAGGGCGCAGCAGCAAAUGUUGAUGCAACAGCAGCAGCAACAGCAAAUGCAACAACAACAGAUGCAGGCGCAAAUGCAGCAGCAAAUGCAACAGCAACAAGGGAUGAAUGGAAUGAUGGGCCACCAGGGCAUGUGAGCUUGGAGUGGAUGGAAUGAUAGACAACUGGCACGGACAGGGGAGUUUAGGAGACGAAAGCUUUUCGUGAUUUUACGUUUCUUUCGAGUUUAGGCAUGGUUGCUUUAUACCCCGCGGAAUUCUUUCGGGUCAGGACAGGGAUAUCUCACGGAUGCGUUUGCUUGGGGUUGGGUUUUGGUCAUUAAUGUCGAAGUGAAGCGUCAACGGUCAUGCAUGGUGUUGAGGGCUCAGACUGGGAAUCAAGUGUAUCAUAUGAACAAGCCGUAUCAGGAAUCGCCAUGGUCCAAUUGCCAUAUAUUGCUUCUAAAGUGCGUGCCUCGCGAGUUGUGUUGGUUGACAUGGAGGUAUACGGGGCGGCUUGUGAAGGGUCACGUGCGCAGAUGGGG